AUGGAGGCAGCAGCAGCAGCAGCAGCAGACUGCACGUGGGCACACGCAACAGAGCAAGCAGCAGGCGACCCGGCUGAGGCGAGGAAGAAGGACGACGACGACGAUGACGACGACAACGACAACAACAACGACAACAACAACGACAACAACAACGACAACAACAACAACAGCAGCAGCAGCAGCAGCAACAACAGCAACAGCAACAACAGCACCAAGAACAAGAACAACAGCAGCAGCAGCAGUAGCAACAACAGCAACUACGAUAAUAAUAAUUGUAAUAAUAAAAAUGGCAACACAUCGACGUUGGUCAACGCUCGCCUUGGCACGACAGGGGACGGCGACGCAUUGCGCCAUAUUGACAAGCCGCAGAGCCCACGGGCUUUCCCGCUUGAUGCACCUCAGCAAGCACCAAACUCUCGCGGUUCUGCUCUGCAAGUCGCCUCUGUAUUCUCUCCUCCCUCGCCCCAACGGUCGCGUACGUUCGCGCCGCCUCGUCCUGACAACCCGUUCGGCCAUCUGGUGUAA